AUGUUUAAAUUCAGCCUUAAGAGCGCAGUUGCUCUUCUUAUUUUCUCUACGUCCUCCGCUGUAGCACAGAAUCCCUUCCCAGACACUACCACCUGUGACAAGACAUGCCAGGCCCUGGCCCUCAACGCAUCCUCCUGGAUCUCAGAGCAACAGUCUGACCCAACAUUCUCCUUCUACAAGACCCCUUCAAACUUCUCUAGCAAGCUAUCUCCUGGUGUUGCACUCAAGACAGAGGAUGUCACUGACCUGGAUAACUACGUCGUCCCCAGCGGUCUGACCAUGUCGCGAAUUAUCUACACCACUGAGGACCUUGAUGGAAAGGUCAUUCCCGCUUCAGCUUAUGUCCUCUGGCCUUAUACUGCGUUCCCAACUGGCCCAGGCUCAGCUAAGAAGGGUCUGCCGAUGGUUGCUUGGGCUCAUGGGACAACUGGGACCUUCAAGCCCUGUGCACCUAGUAGUUACAGAGCUUUGCAGUACCACUUCCAAGUUCCUUUUGCUCUGGCACUUCAGGGCAUUGCAGUUGUUGCGCCCGACUAUGCUGGUCUUGGUGUAUCUGAGCUGCCUAAUGGAGACAACAUUCCUCAUUCUUGGGUCACAGCGCCGGCUCACGCGAACGACGUUGCUUUUGCUGUAAGAGCAGCUAGGUCAGCGUUCCCAGAUCUUCUUAGUUCUGAGGGUCCUUUUGUCGCUAUGGGCCACUCUCAAGGCGGUGGAGCAUCUUGGGCUUUCGCAGAAAGGCAAGCCAAGAAGCCUCUCAAAGGAUACAAAGGCACAGUCUCAAUAGCUCCAGUGACUAGAAUCCUCGAUGACUAUGCCUACUGGACCGAGAACUCGAUCGCAUCACCCGGCCUGCUUGCGCAAUCCGCGGUCAUCGACUCAAUCUCUAAGAUCUACCCCAAGUACAACUACACAGGUUUCACUACUACAGGCUACGAUCGCUGGCACAACGUGAUUGCCAAGAUCAAGGGAUGCUUCCCCGUGUUAGCCUUGGUGACAAUGGAUCUCACUCCAACCGAUAUCGCGAAGUCGGGCUGGUAUAAAGAUCCGACUGCUAAGAAGUGGGCUGAUCGAGUCGCUGUGGGACGUAGGACUUUCGCUGGUCCGUUGCUCGUUAUCAACGGCGCAGAUGACCAUGUCGUUCGUCCCGGGGGUAUUGACGCUGCUGUCAAGGACACUUGCGAUUUGGUGAAGAAGUCUGGCAGUAAGGAAACUUUGGAACAUGCCACUUUCUCUGGUAUGGAUCACUUUUCUGCCAUUCAGGCUAGCCAAAUGAAAUGGAUGGACUGGAUCAAGAGUAGACUUUCCGGCGAAACCCCUGAGAAAGGUUGCUCUGAGGAACUUGUUGAAGGACUGAGGACCAAUGACACUGUUCAUACACUAGGUCCGAACUUCUUCUUGUCGUACUUUGACACAGCAGAGAGUUGGAAAUACAGUCUGUAA